GAUGGACCGAGCUGAGAGCGGCUGCUGGUGAGAGUGUUCAAUGCCCAUCGCACCCAGUGUGAUUAACCGGAGCACGGUGAGGCAAGACAGCUUUCAAUACACACGCGCCCGCUUCAAUUCAGUCCACAGCCCGGCCGGUAGAGUUCAGCUCGUAUUUCAUAGAGUCCAAAGACAAGCUUGCAGGCUUUUUUUUGUAGUCUCUGUGUGUGUGUGAGAGAGAGAGUGUGUGAGUGUGUGUGCGUGCGUGUUCACCGCUGACCGGGCGAGCAGCACAGACUGAGGCGUAAGGUUUAGCCGAAGCUGCAGGGACAGAGGAAGCGGCAGACAUGGACGAGCAGCCGCGGAUGAUGCACUCUCACGCCGGGGUGGGGAUGGCGGGGCACCCGGGCCUGCCUCAGCACAUGCAGGAGGGAACCGGAGCAGCUGACGGCGACGGCAGGAAGCAGGACAUCGGAGACAUUUUGCAACAAAUUAUGACCAUUACAGACCAAAGUCUGGACGAAGCGCAGGCCAGGAAGCACGCGCUGAACUGUCACAGGAUGAAGCCUGCGCUCUUUAACGUCCUGUGCGAGAUCAAAGAGAAAACAGUGCUGAGUAUCCGUGGUGCUCAGGAAGAGGAGCCUCCCGAUGCCCAGCUUAUGAGACUGGACAACAUGCUGUUGGCUGAAGGCGUGUCGGGGCCAGAGAAAGGGGGCGGGUCAGCAGCCGCUGCGGCCGCUGCGGCCGCUUCAGGUGGAGCCGGCGCCGACAACUCAGCUGAACACUCUGAUUAUAGAGCCAAGCUCUCCCAGAUCCGCCAGAUUUACCACACCGAACUGGAGAAAUAUGAACAGGCAUGUAACGAGUUUACGACUCACGUAAUGAACCUGUUGCGAGAGCAGUCGCGCACACGGCCCAUCUCACCCAAAGAGAUUGAGCGUAUGGUCAGCAUCAUCCACCGCAAGUUCAGCUCCAUCCAGAUGCAGCUCAAGCAGAGCACCUGCGAGGCAGUCAUGAUCCUCCGCUCCCGCUUCCUCGAUGCCAGGAGAAAAAGACGAAACUUCAACAAACAGGCCACCGAGAUCCUGAACGAGUACUUCUACUCCCACCUCAGUAAUCCAUAUCCCAGUGAGGAGGCCAAGGAGGAACUGGCCAAGAAAUGCUCUAUCACUGUCUCCCAGGUGUCCAACUGGUUCGGAAACAAACGAAUCCGAUACAAGAAGAACAUUGGAAAAUUCCAGGAGGAAGCCAACAUGUACGCAGCCAGAACUGCAGUGAACGCGGCCAACGUGUCGGCUCACGGCAGCCAGGCAAAUUCCCCUUCCACCCCCAACUCAGCAGGUUCUGCUGGCUCUUUUAACAUGUCCAACUCUGGUGAUUUGUUUAUGAGUGUGCAGUCUAUGAAUGGCGAUUCAUACCAGGGGGCUCAAGUGGGAGCCAACGUGCAGUCGCAGGUGGAUACCCUUCGCCAUGUUAUCAGUCAGACAGGAGGAUACAGUGAUGGCCUCACAGCCAACCAGAUGUACAGUCCGCAGGGCAUCAAUGCUAAUGGUGGAUGGCAGGAUGCUACUACCCCCUCCUCAGUGACCUCACCCACAGAAGGACCUGGGAGUGUUCACUCUGACACCUCCAACUGAUCCCCUCAUCACCCCACUCCUUCUUGUUCCCUCACUACUGCACAAACCAUGGACUCUCUUUUUGUUCUGUCACUCUGUCGUUCAUCACUAUGUUUAAGUAAUGCACUCACUAGCUCACUAAGCUGGUUCUCUGCCAUGCUUUGGAGUGAAUCAGUCUGUUUUAACCACACACACACACACACACACACACACACACACACACACACACACACACAGAGUUUCGGUUCUGAAAUACAGCCCCCGAUUUGUAUUAACCCCUUCAGAUCAGAUUUUUUUUUUUAUUCUCAAUUAUAAUUCUUGUUCAAAAUCAUUAUUUUCAGUCUUAAAUAGUAUUUUGAUGAAGCUCCUACAGUCAGUGGAUUGAAUGAAAAAAAAAAUCCCUCAAACAUACCAUAAACCAUUAUCAUGAACAUGGGGUCUGAAGGGGUUAAUAUGUACGAUCGCACUACCUCUUAGAUAAACAACAUAAACAACAAGUCAUAACAAUAAACUGAUUUCUAAAAUAGAAACGAUGGCGCAUAUGAUGCCCCAUUUUCACAUUUUUACCAUGGUAAAAAAAAAAACAAAACCAUGAACAUUUUGUGUCCAUAGUGCCAAAGUAUUUUUCUACAUUUUAACAUUCAUGAUUUGCAUGUUCAUUUGACGUGAUCAUAUUCUCCAUGUUGUAAUAUAGGGACAUACUGUAUUAUAAAGACAUAUUUUGUAUCUCGGUCUCUCUCCAUCACGUAACUUGAAAUUCAUUUUUAAUUAAGCUAUACAAACAUCGCUUGUCUUUGAUUCCUAAAAACCUUCUUUCUUUAAAAAAACAAAAAAAAAAACAAAAAAAGUUUUGUUUUGUUUUUUUCUGUUGGCUUCCAUGUAUAAUCUCCGCCAGUGACAAUGCAGUAUAGGCUUUGCAAAUUAAGUUAAGUUUGUAACAUCCGUGUCGGUCACCUGAUGACAACAAAUUUAAGACAGUCCACCAAGUUGUGAUAAACACAACUGCAUCAGUUAACGAAGAGCCAAAUGCUGCUAUGAACCAAAAUCACUUCUGUAAUAAACGCAAACAGAUUUGAAAUAAUGCGAACUUUAAAACUACUGUAUUUUGCAGACUAUAAGAUGUUUUUAACCCUCUCUAGACGGUGCUCUGAUUUGCGUUUUUGCAUUAGCCUACCCACUGAUUAUGGUUUAACGUUAGGUGAUUUACUUCAGCACUGAUGGCAGCAGAAUGGUUAGCAUUAUGACUGAGAGAGGAGUGCUUUCUUUAGAAGUUUUGAUUAUUUGUAUGAUUAACUGUAAAACUGUGACACGAAUAUAGAGUUUCAUACAGGUGUCUGUUCUAUAUGACUGUAUGAUACACUAGCUUGGUGCUAACAUUUCCACGAGGGGCUGUAGGAGAAAUUAGCAAUAUUGGAGCAGCAAAGCUCAAAAUGGAUUCACACACAUAUUUUCUAGGUCUGACAGAGGGAUUGAGAUUGUAGCAAAGAAGACAGUAGAGUGCUAACCUACGGCAACACUAACAGGACAAAGACAUGGAAAUGCCACUACUUUGAUGCGGCUUAUAAAAUGAAGUUACAUAUUUCGAGGGUGCAUCUUAUACUCCAGAGUGACUCAAAGUCCGGAAAAUACAGUAUAUUCGUCUUAAGCCUAGGUCACAACUGGACGUACGAUUUUUUGGCCGCGCGAUUUUUGGCGUUUCCCAAAUCGCUGCGUUUUUUUUUUGUUCGUGGAGAAAGACGCACGUCGGCCGUAAGUUUGUCUUGCAACCUGAAAAAAACGUAAGCGCCCGUAGAGUUUGUUUGACAUGACAAAGAACCUCUGCGGCCGGUCUACGGCUCGAAAAUCAGCACGUCACAUGCGCGCCCUCCGUGCGUUUCUUGCGUUUUUUGCACGUAGACUGGCCGUAGGAGCACGUACGGCCGGUUGUGACCGACGCUUUUGAUUUACUUGUGUAAUUUUUUUCCCAUCUAAAUAACGUACAGAAAACAGCAGAGGACUUCAGAGUUGCAUAUAAUUAAUCUGAUUUUCGAAUACAUUUGAUGCGUGACUCCUGUGAAGUCACUUUAUCGUAUACAUUUUACUCCAUUUUUCAUUCAAGAACUGACCCAGCCCAACUGAGAACAACCGAGCCUUGCCUUUAGUUUCUUGGCUUUUCUAGGUGACAAAAUAUCACGUACCCCUCAUUACUUUGAUACCAAAAACAGCAGACAUGUUCGUUUUGUUUAUCAUCAUUUUAACCAAUGUCCACAUUGUAAAUGAUGUAUUAUCUUCUGUACCCGGGCUUGUUUCUUAGCGAAAGCCCCAGUGCUUCGUAUUCAAAACCAAAAAUGCAGUCCGAAUUCAGUAGUGUUUGUCGAAAGAAAACAUGGCACAACAAAAAAAUGCAGAAAACAUUUGCGUAUAUUUUUACAUCGUCAUGUUGUGAAUAGCCUAAUGCGCUUUUCUUUUUCGCUUCAGCCCUGUUACAAGACAUUUUUCUUUUCCUUUUUUGUUCUUGCUUUAGCAUAAUGUGAAUUAGCCCAAGAAUGCGCAAUGUAUGUAGAUGUGCACCUUUUUUAGUCUUAUUUUGCUCUUUUAAACAGAGUUUAAAAUGAUACAUCCUGCGCUUCAUGUAAGUGUGAAUCGGGUCUCUGAUGGGCAGGCUAUGUCUUUAAGAAAUCUUUUGUGAUUUGAUCAGCAUAAUAGAGAUGAAAUUCCUAAAGCAAAGUGACAUGGCCGGUGCUUGUGGCCAAUUUCGAGCCAAGUGUGUAACUGCUCACUUAAUCUUAUCACACCAAAAAAAUCAAGCGUGUUCUGCAUCGCACAUCGAUUAUGAUUCUAUCUUGUUACUUGUAGCAAAUCAACAAAGCUUUUUGUCACAUUAAGCACUGUAAUUUAUUUAGUUAGAUGCACCAUCCAUCACUAAGGUAUAUCAUGACAUUUUAUAAUGAGCACCCAUUAAGAAAGAGGGCCCUUUAUUUCCGUGUGUCGAGAGUCCAGCACAGUUUGCUGAUUUCCUGAUCUCUAACACACCUGCAAAUGGGAUUUUAAAGGGACAGUAUUGCCAAAAUGCCAUUUUUUGGCCAGACUUCCUUUUAAAUAAUCAGGUGUGUGUGAGAGAGAGAGAACUGGAAAAUCACCAAAAAAAUGCUGUACUCUGGACACACAGGGACGCUGCUGUUUGGCUACAGGAAUCAGUCAGGUCUAGCUGUAACCAGCCGAAACAGCUCCAUAUGUGGAGAUUAUUAUUCUAAUGUGACCUGUAGCUCCUCAAGAAAGCCUAAUAGCAAGUGUUAGUGUAGACUAUUCAGUUAGAUGCACCAUCCAUCGCAAAGCUAGAUAACAUUCAAUAAUAAACAUCCAUGCUGAUCUGUUGUAACCCAGAGAGGCCUUAACUGUACAGUAUGUCUGGAGUUAACACACCUUCUAAACCUGGUCACGAGCUAAUGAGUCAAACCACUGUGUGUGUUCGAGCAAAACGAAAAGUGCUAAACUCCUUCCACAGUUGGUCAAAUCUGGGUAAAAGAGUGACAUCAUAACCCUGAACACUCUCUCUCUCUCUCUCACACACACACACACCUCUCAUCGCCUGCCCAGUUUCAGCGUAUUGUUGAAAGCUUCAUGUAAUGAUGCUUUUAGUUUUUGCAUAUGAAGCAAUUUGUAAAACAUCAAAUGUUUACUUUGUUGCAUGUCUUUUUGUUCUUUAAAAAUCCUGCAGUGUUUUUGAAUGUUUCUUUUUUUUUUUUUUUUUUUUUUUAAUAAAUAAAUAAAUAUAUAUAUAUAUAAAGCGCGGAGACUUUCUCUUGCUGAGUUUUAACUUUUAAGAUCUCUGCAUAUGUAUAAUAAGGAAUACAAAUGGAACAGCAAAUUACUGUCUUUUCAAUUCCAACUUGUUUUUGUGAAGGAAAAAAAAACUAACAAGGUGUAGGUUUUCUGGUCUCUUAAU